AUGCAACAAGAAGCUCUCUCUUUCCUCUCCUCCUCUUUCCCUUCCCACCACCACCAUUUUCCUUCACUUUCUCGCCUCCGAUUCCACAAUUUUCCCGCACUUUCCUUCAAACCAAACACCUCCACCUCAUCUCUCUUCUUCCCUCCCAAAUCCCCAGAUAUCCCCUCUCUCCCCUCCACCACCACCGAAACCCUAGAAUCCGACAUCCACGAGAAGCUCCUUUACCUCGAUUCCCUCGGAAUCGAUUUCCUCACGCUAAUCAACCGCCACCCUCCUCUCCUCUCCGCCGCUCUCUCCGCCAUUAAAUCCGUCGUCGAUUACAUGACCACUCCACCAAUCAACUUCACCCUGCCGGAUUUCCGCCGCCUCGUCUCCAUGUGCCCGGAGCUUCUCACUUCCCCACUAACCUCCCACACGAUCCCCGUCAUCACUUUCCUCCUCCGCGAAGUCGGAGUCGACUCCGUCUUCGAUCUCCGCCAAGCCUUGCGCCGCCGUCCUCGUCUCCUCGCUUGCAGCGUCGAUUCCCAGCUCCGGCCAACGCUCUACUUCCUCCAGAGAAUCGGAAUCCUCGAUCCGCACAAACACACUUACCUCCUCUCCUGCAGCGUCGAAGACAAACUCCUCCCGCGAAUCGAUUACUUCCAGAAACUGGGAUUCUCUCGGCAUAGCGCCACCGUGAUGUUCCGGAGGUUCCCGCAGCUGUUCAAUUACAGCAUCGCCGAGAACUACGAUCCCAAGCUGAAUUACCUGAUGGGAGAGAUGGGGAGAGACGUGAGAGAGAUCCUCGAGUUCCCUCAGUAUUUCUCAUUCAGCUUGGAGAAUCGGAUCAAACCGAGACACGAGGCUUGUGCGGCGAAAGGGGUGAGAUUCCCGUUGACGGUGAUGUUGAAGACGAGCGAAGCUGGAUUUCGAGAUACAUUGGAGGAAGAGUGGAACAUGGAAAAAAGCAAGUGGUACAUUUUGUAA